UCACAACAGGAAAGAAAUAUUCUAAGUUAUUUUUUCUUUUUCAUUCUCUUUAAUCAUAUCCCUGUAGGAAUCGGAAGGUUACUAAAGUGUGUCAUAGUUGUCACUUAUUUUUUAUUGAUUCUCAUUUUUUGCAAAUAUAUUUACUAUUAGGUUCAAGUUUUAUAAAAUCUUUAGGACCUAGCUUACCAUUAUGAAAUGCUUUUAGGUUGAUUAUCACAAUAUAACUAAGAUACUUUAUUGUUCAAGUUUCAGAUACCUAAUUGUAGGCAUAGUGAGAACAUCAAUAAACUUUGUGAUGGAAGCCCUGGUUGUGUAUUUUGCAGCGCAGCAGUUGCAACGGAAGAAGAGGUACAGAGACCCUUUGGAUCCACUUCACAUUGAUGACACAGAAUUGCUUCAAAAAUAUAGAUUUCCUCGCAACCAGAUCAUCAGUCUGUGUGAAGAACUAGAGCCACACAUUGGAAGGCCAACCUCAAGAAGCCAUGCCAUCCCCACACAUACACAGGUCUUGGUGAUGUUGAGAUUUUUGGCAAGUGGGACCUUUCAAAAUGUGAUUGGUGAUGUAACUGGCAUGAGCCAAGCAAGUGUAAGUCGCAUCAUCAGUCAAGUUACAGAUGUUCUAUAUAACAAAGCAAGGACAGAAAUAAAAAGGCCACAAAAUCCACAGGAAAUUCACCAGACUGCGCAAGCUUUCCAUAGGAUUAGUGGCUUUCCAAGAGUCAUUGGUGCAAUAGAUGGAACACAUAUUCCCAUUAAAACACCAAGUGACAAUGAAUACAUUUAUGUAAACCGUAAAGGCUAUCACUCGCUAAAUCUUCAAGUAGUGGGAAAUGUCCAAAACCUCAUCACUAGCUAUACUGUGAAGUAUCCUGGCAGCACCCAUGAUGCCUACAUUUGGAACAACUGCCCACUACGAGGUUGCUUCCAAAUUGGUGUCUAUGGAGAUAUGCAUCUUCUUGGUGAUAGUGGGUAUCCACUGGAGCCAUUUCUCCUCACCCCAUAUCCACACCCAACAACCUGGGGACAAGAAAGGUAUAAUAGGUCACAUAAGAAGACGAGAACUAUAAUGGAGCAGACAUUUGGGGUCUUGAAAUCUCGCUUCCGAUGUCUGCAUAAUUCUGGUGGGUCUCUACAGUAUAAACCCAAAAAAUGUGCGAAGAUAGCUGCUGCCUGUAUGCUGUUACACAAUCGUUGUGUUCAGCAACGAAUACCCGCUCCUGAGCUGCUAGAGGAAGAGGAGCAAGAGGAUGAGGGAGAUCAUGAUGAUCCAGCAGCAGUUGCAGGUGCAGGGCAAGUGGGCGGCUUGAACGACGGCUUGAGGGACGGCUAG